AUGUUCAAUGAUCUCAAGACCUCAGCGAUAAUCCCUGAUCAACAACAUCCUAUGCCUGAUGACAACUUGAGUAGUAUUGUAACACCACCAGAGCUUGCAACUGCUCCCUUGGCUCCACCUGAAUCUUUUGAAUCAAAAUCCGCUUUAUCAUCCACUCCUAAUUGUAGCUCAUCCCUGAUCUGCCCAACUGCCCAAAGCUGCCCUGAAAACCUUGAGGUAGCUGCAGUCGGAGGCAUCGAAAUUUUAGAUAAUGGUGACAUCAAUUCUAUAGAAGCCCGAAUAGCCCCAGAAUAUUCACAAUCCACUCUAGAUUACUACAAUGACAUCCAAGAGUACCUCCAGCAGGCCAAUGCGGAUGAGACUGAAACAAAGAAGAAGAAGAAGAAAAAGAAAAAGAAAAAGGCCAACCCAACUUCAACUCCCGACAAUCCGAUCUUAUUUUAUGUUUGA